AUGGCCACUCCUUACAUCUCCGGUGUUGCUGCCCUAUUCUUCUCAUCCCGCGGCGGACGAGCUGCCCUCGGAAGUGGUGGUGCCAAGCUGGCUCACGAAGUGAUUGUUGCCAGCGGCAAACCCAUUCGUCAUUACGAUGGCACUGAUAACCUCGCAUCCGUGAUUCAUCAGGGAGCAGGUCUGGUUGAUGCAUUCAAAGUCGUGGGCUACUCGACCCUCGUCAGCCCAGCAGUGCUCAACCUCAACGAUACAGAGCAUUUCCAGGGUACUCAAAGUGUACAAAUCACCAACUCUGGUGAUGAGUCUGUGACGUAUCAAUUCUCCCACGAAGCCGGCAUUAAUGCCCUCACUAAGAGUGCCGGGACUGCUGUGUAUGGUGGGUCAAUUGUAGUGGCUGGCUCCCAGGGAGAAGCGGUACGGGUGUCCUACAUGGGAAUCAAGGGCUCUCUGUAUGAUAGUGAUAUCUGGGAGAUGGAGCGAGGCGUUCCCCUACUACUCAGUGGAUAUGGCGGCCUCAUUGAGGAGGGCCAUAACUACACAUACGAGGAAGGUGGCGAUGUUCCGCAGCCGUACUUCAAUGUCCUCUGGUCAACUCAAGAAAUCAGCUUCGAUUAUGUCGCGCGCGACUGGAAUGAGACAGACUGGGCCUACCCAGUAGUCCCCGGGCAGGCCAAAUAUCUUGGUUCCUUCAUCACAGUUCCUCAAGGUCUGUCGGAUUCGAUCACUUCGUUCCCUCUGAGGAACUACCCACGAAACGGCGGCGGUGUCUAUGCCCCUCCGCAGAAUGUUUUCGCGCAUGGAGGUGAUAUCCCGGCUGGCAAGUACCGCAUUCUCUGCCGUGCCCUGCGCACUUUCGGCGAUCCCAGCAACUUGGACGACUGGCAGUACAAGGUCUCACCAUGGUUCCGCAUCACCAGGGAGAAGCCUCCUGUAACUGCGACUCCCACAACGGCGGAAGCUACUGCGGCUCCAACGACAUCUUCCGUCAGUUUGCCAGAGCCAUGCGCCGCAACUUCGACGCCAGUCAGCAUCGAAGCAACCCUUGCUUCCGGCGAAGGUCCUUACAACUUAUAUCUCUACGCUGACUUUGCUUCAAUCGAUCCGACUGGAACGCAAACUCCAUUGAACUUCUCCACCACCAACGGCACUCAGGUUCAGACCUGGUUUAACUCGUCUUGGAGAUUCCUAUCCGUGCACACCAACACUAACAGCUUGAUCUACGUAUACGCGUCGAGCCGUGUGACUGGGGCCUUCUCGUUCCUUGGGUGCACUGUCACAGAUGGUGUUUUGGGAUGCGAAUCGAACGGCAAGUUCGCGCUUUACGUUUGCGACAGCGCCACUGGUCUCCUACGUCACGGAACCCAGCCCCUUGACGGCGGCGCCGACUACUUCGUCAACUGCAGUAAUCUCGGUUUCGUCUUCUUCAAUGGAAUCUACGAAUACAUUGGGUCAUAG